UCACUCGAGCUGUUCCUGCAAUGCAAUCAUCCAUUACUGAAUAAUCUUCAGAGGAAAGAACAGAUCUUAUCACUAUGCAAAAGAAUUUUAUCUUUUCAAGACGGAUUAUGAAAAGCUGAUGCAUAAGCAUGUAGGGCUAAAAUUAUUGGAAGGAAAAAUCAAAGAGAAAACAUAUCAAGUUGAAGAUAUUGUUGACUCAAAGCUGAGAAAAUAUUUUUUGGCCAAAAAUGCAAAGGACCGAAAAAGGCCUACUCAGUUCUAUGUAAGAGGUUGGAGGUAGCAAUUGAAGAAAUGGAAUUGAUCAGAAAAGAAGCAAAGACAAUUAAGGGUGACAAGAUUAGAACUUGGAAUUUUCAUACACGAGCUUCACCGCCGGCUAGGAGGGAUGUAUCAACUGGUAGUCCAAAUUUGCAACAACAAACACCGGUUGGUUUCCAGGACGACUGGGAGAAAAUAAUUGAUAGGCUCAGAGGUGAUUCUUCUGAACUAGAUAUUAUCACUAUAGUUGGGAUGGCUGGUAUUGGUAAAACAACUCUUGCGAAAAGAGCAUAUAAUCAUCCUUCUGUUGUUUACCGGUUUGAUGUUCGUGCUUGGACCACUAUUUCUCAAGAGUACAGAGAAAGAGACACAUUACUUGACCUCUUUUAUUCAGUUGUUCCUCCAGCCAAUGGAUCCAAUCAAGAGAGCGACAAAGAAGCUGCUGAUCGACUGUAUGGUAGGCUAAUGACUCAACCUUCAAAAGAAACGUACGAAGGUAGAAACCAAGAAAUUGCUGACCGAUUGUACAAAAGUUUAAAGGGUAAGAGAUUUCUCAUCGUCAUCGAUGACAUAUGGAGUACUGAUGCUUGGGACAAUGUGAGCAUGUUGCUUCCUGAUGAUAACAAUAAAAGUCGUGUCAUACUAACAAGUAGGCUCAUUGAUGUCGCAACUUAUGCUAAUGCUAAUCCAGAUAGGCAACCUCACCGACUGAGUUUUCUAAACAAAGAUGAAGGUUGGGAGCUACUCCGUGAGAAACUUUUCGGGAAAAGAGGAUGUCCUUUUGAAUUGGAAGUGAUUGGGAAAAGUAUUGCAGAAAAAUGCCAAGGACUACCUCUAGCGAUUGUUGUGGUUGCAGGGCAUCUCUCCAAAAUGAGUAAGACUCCGGAUAGCUGGAACACUGUUGCUGAAAGUGUGGGCUCCGUUGUUAAUUGUGAGCCAGGGCAGUGUUUAGACAUACUUGCUCUAAGUUACAACUACUUGCCUCAACAUUUAAAAGCCUGCUUCUUGUACAUGGGAGCAUUUCCUGAAGAUUUUGAGAUUCCUGUGUGGAAGCUAAUUAGGUUGUGGGUUGCUGAGGGCUUCCUUAAUGCAACAGGACAUACGACCGUGGAAGAUAUAGCAGAGGAGUGUUUGGAGGAUCUUAUUGAUAGAAGUUUGGUUUUAGCUGGAAAGCGGUCUAAUGGAAAACUCAAAACAUGUAAAGUCCAUGAUAUCAUGCGAGAUUUUUGCGUAGAAGAAGCUAAAAGACAAAACUUUCUACAUGUCUUGAAGCAUUCCCUUGAUGUUCUAUCAGAAAGCAUAACAGCUCUACGUCGGGUUAGUAUCAAUUGUAGCACCAUCUUCUCAAGUUACUCUAUUCAACCAACGGAUUCUACCGUUUCUGUUUCUCGUUCCAUCUUGGGAUUCAAUAUUUCGGAAAGUUCAGUUUUUUCAUACAUAGACUUCAAAUUGCUCAGGGUUCUAGAUAUCACUUUCCAACAUUUCCCUCAGUUUCCCAGUGAGAUAAUGCAACUUGUUAAUUUGCGUUAUCUUGCAGUUGCCACUGAUAGCGAAUUCCCUCCACUAGUGUCACAGUUUUGGAGUUUGCAGACUUUAAUCCUUCAUCUGUGUUCUAGAAGCUCAACUUUGCCUUGGGAGAUUUGGACGAUGCCAAACCUCAGACAUCUCCAUGUUAAACCAAGCAUCUGUUUGCCGAGCCCAACCAAAGUAGAAUGUAAUAGAUACAGUUCCUUGGUUCUAAAUAACCUACAAACAUUUGCCAAUAUUACCCUUGCAGAUUGUACAAAGGAUGUCUUCUCAAGCACUCCUAAGUUAAAGAAAUUGGGGAUAUGUGAAUCGACCGAGUAUACUUACCCAGUUCAAAUUCCCUGGAGUGAUUUUCUUUACACAUCUGAAAAACUCUGGCCUUAUGCUAGCGAUACAAUUUCAGACUUGUGGUUGGAUUGCUUUAGAAAUCUUGAUCUCCUGCCUCAACUCGAGGCAUUAAAGAUUUUUGGGUUGAAACCACCUGUCAUCUUGAUGCACUUCCAGAGAAUCUUAAGAAAUUGACUUUGAGCUUCACCUACUUGCCGUGGGAGAGUAUGACCUCUCUUUGUAGAUUGCCAAAUCUUGAGGUACUCAAACUAAAAAAUUAUGCCUUCACAGGACAAAAGUGGGAACAAGUUGAAGAGGGGUUCUGUGUUGAUGAUCGAGAUGUCUGACUUAGAGCAUUGGAGCGCCUCAAAUGAUCAUUUUCCAUGCCUGGAACAUCUAGUUUUAAAGGAUUGCCUUCACUUGGACAGCAUCCCUCACGAUUUGGGUGAUGUUCCUACUCUGAAGAUAAUCGAGCUGGAAAAUUCAAGCCAAUCCGCUGUGCUUUCAGCUAAAGAGAUUCAAGAGGAGCAGCAGAGUUAUGGUAAUGAUGCUCUACAAGUGCGAAUAGAGAGAAAUUUCGGGAGAAUAGCUGCUGUUGCAACUCCUUAGUCCACCAGGCAAGUAGAGAAAUGAAUUUACUACACAAGUUUUGAUUGUUGAACGUUGGAAGUAACAAAAUGAAUAAUUCCUGUGGGAGUAUUUUAAAAAUUUUAAAUAGCCAUGUUUUCUUUUAAUUUUACAAGUGGUCAUGAAUAUCUACCAUGUGGCCUUUUGCAUGAAGAUAUAUGGCCAAAUGGCAAAGUCGUAAACAAGUGGUAGAGGAGACAUAACACUUAUCUCUUUGCAUGGAAUGUUUUUGACAAGUAGAUGAACACUUGUCAUCUUCUUA